CCGGCCAUGGCCCGGCCGAGCCUCCCCGGCCCCGCGGAGCGGCUGCCGGAUGCCUCCGUUCCAGUGGUGCCACGGGUGCUCCUGCAGCCUGGGGCUGGUUUACCCCAGUAAACCCUGCACGAUGCCGCCCCUCACCUUCCAGGACCUGCCCCUGAACAUCUACAUGGUCAUUUUCGGCACCGGCAUCUUCAUCUUCGUGCUCAGCCUCAUCUUCUGCUGCUACUUCAUCAGCAAACUGCGGCACCAGGCGCAGAGCGAGCGCUUCGGGUACAAGGAGGUGGUUUUGAAGGGCGAUGCCCGGAGGCUGAACGUGCACGGGCAGACCUGCGCCGUGUGCCUGGAGGAUUUCAGGGCGAAGGAGGAGCUGGGGGUGCUGCCGUGCCAGCACGCCUUCCACAGGAAGUGCCUGGUGAAGUGGCUGGAGGUGCGCUGCGUGUGCCCCAUGUGCAACAAGCCCAUGGCUGGUCCAGCACAGCCCCGCGCCGGCAUCGGGACCCUCCUGGACGAGCUGGUGUGAGCCAGCCCUGCUCCAGACCGGCCUCAUCCCGUGGGAUCCAUCGUGGGAUUGUGGGAUCGCAGCUCCACGCACGCAGCAUUGCCCCCCACCCCGGGGCCGCACGGCUCGUCCCGAAUCUCCCAGCUGGGGUUUUUAACUGGGGGGUCAUGGCUUUGGUUGGGGUUUUGAGUUGUCCCCCUCGUGCUCCACACGGAGCCGGGGCCUCCCGGGAUUCCCUGUGGGGAGCUGAGCCCCCCACAGGGUCGGGGAGGGGGGUGUCGUGUCCUCCCCCCCCCCCAACUUUGCUGCACAGAGUAUUUUUGUACCUGUUCCCCCCUCACACCCUCGGGGGGCGUGGAGGGAAUGUACAGUUUUGUGUAAAAAAUUAUUAAAUGAUGAUUUCUCAGCCA